AUGGAAGAGGCACUUCAGGAGGUAGCCCAGUCGCGGCUGCCCAAGGCAGACCAGAUCCAGGCACUCAACCUUCUCAUCAAAAUUGUGACCAACAUCCUUUCGCCGCCGCCCGCGGCGACUCCCGAAGAAGUGGAGCGUUUCCGCUGUAUCAACAGCGGCAGCACGGCACUCCAGCAACGGCUGCUGCGCCACGGUCCGGUUUACGAGAACUUGCUUCUUGCUUUAGGUUUCUAUCGGACGGCUGAUCCGCCGCUCUCUUGCCCUUUGACGCAGGCUAACCAGGAGUACUUUUUCCUCCCCGACCAUGCAGACGGGGGGCGGCUGCUUGCCGACCUCGAGCUCCUCAGAGCUACCGUGGCGAGUUUGGAGGCCGAAGGCGGAAACGCCAUCGAAAGCUCGCCGACGGCGGAAAGGCUAAAUAGCGCGGGGAGCCAGGGGGCUCAGCGAAAAGUUACCACGACCUCCCGUGCGAUCCGCGACUCGUCGGCCUCGAUGCAUGCACGCAACCAGGAGGAACUGCGGCGGCUCCGCGAGGAACAGAGACUCCGCUUUGAGCAGAGGAGUGAAAGCGAACCAGCUGGAGGCAUAGCCGGCUGGUUUUCUUCCUCUCUGGCGCCUACCGCUUCGCUUCCUUCUGCGCAGCCUGCUGGGCCAAGUGGAUCUUCAGGCGGACAUACAUCCGGUGCGAGCCGGCGAGACGGGCCGAGCGGCGGAAAUGCAGCUUCUCGAUUUUUUAAGAGCCUAUUUGGCAGCAGAAGCGGCAGCAGAAGUGAGGAGGGACGCGAACGCGACGGCACGAGCCAGAGAGGAGGGGACUCUCGCGGGCCUCGAAUGAAAACAAUCAAAGAUUUGCCGCCUGCGCCUAGACGGCGAGGCUGA